AUGGCCACAUCUGCCUCUCGCUCGCCCUCUGCCUCGUCCGUUCGCGCAGACGCCAUUUCGCGCCUCAAGAGGGCCGCCUCUCUACCACGCAUGAAGGAUGGGAGGCGCCCUGCUAUACCUGCCAAUGGAGGUGCGUUUAGCGAGGGGGCGAGGAGUGAAGAGGGCUCUAUGCGAGGUGCCGACACCCCGACUUAUGGGUACGGCGAUCGAUCACAAUCAGAAACCGACAUGGUGGCCUUAGUUCGACCGCACGAACAAGAGAUGGAGCUCAGUCACGAGAACGUGGUGGAAUACCAACCAACGGCGCUAGCUGAGGACGAUCUGCCCACCCCAACCCCCCGAGAAGACGUGAAUGACCUCCACCAUGCGGAACACGAUGUGUCUAUCACCCAGGCUGCGACAGAGGUCCACGAGAAGAAGCCUGAGAUUGAACUCGAACCUGUCACCGUACCAGAGCAGACGGGGGAAGAGGAGGAGGAAGAGGAACAAGAGGAGGAAGAGCACGACGAACCGCCAUCUCAGCUCCCCACCGCUGAGGAAAUGUUAUUGCUAGGUCUGCAGCAACAGAUGCAGAUACAGCGUGUCUUGGCUGGUCUGCCUGCGGCAUUCCCACCCUCAUCCUUUCCAACCGGAUUUCCACCAUCUGCCUUUCCUCAGAAUGCUUUCCAAACAGGGCUACCCAACCACCAACCGACCAAUCAGCUGGAGGUCGUGAUUGGAGCUCUGUUGAGUCAGCAGCAACAACAUCUGCAGCAACAACAACAGCAGCAAGCUGCAUCGUCUUCGCAACCACGGGUGUAUAGACCCCCUACAUCCCCUGUUGGGUGGCAACAGCCCAUCAAGUCACCGGCAUCUCCUUUACCGUCCCUAAAUGAUCUGGCCGCUGCCCAUCAAAGGGGCCUUUUCCGUUCAAACAGUGCUGCUGCCCGAACCGAAGCAUACAGCAAGUUAACUGGUGGUCGGGAGACGCCCAUGAUUUCUCCACCUGCAUCGGUGCUUGGGCAAGUCAGCAUGAGCCGAUUGGGCCGAAGCCACACCGUCACUGGUGGCGAGAGAAUGGCUGCGGGUGGACGAAUGGUGGGCGUCAUCAGCCGGCGGCAAAAACAGGAAGACCAGAACCGCGCACCCAGCGCUAUGGACAUGACAACAAGCGCUGGCGAGGAGAGCUCUGUCUCAGUGACAACUCGCGAAGAACGUCGCUCUCGCAGACGUCGCCGACAUUCGAGCCAGUCAAAAGCCGUGGUGGUGGAUGACCGAGACGUGCCUACGAAUGCCCCAAGUACACCCGCACCAUCCGGGACACCUUUGCCACAAGAAGACAUUCCGCCUUUGCCGCCGCGGGAAUCUAUUUCAUCUCUCUCCGCUGCGAAUGCUCUGAGACAGAGUAUCGAGAAACGCGGUGCAAGAGACAACUUCGAAUACGACUACGAAAGAGGUAGGGCGAAGUCUGCCACUCCAGUGUACUAUGGUUCGAAACCAGGCACGGAUGUGGAGACAGACAACGAGAUUCCUCCUGUACCUCGAAGUCCAACCAAUAUUCCCACAAGCCCAUCGUUGAGUGACCUAGGGCGCCCCCUUCCUACUACGCCCCUGUUUACCGGUCUUCCAUAUCCGAGUGCACCGUAUCUUACGUCACAGAGCGGCACACACAACUCAGAUGGAGCCUCCCAUGCCUCAUCUGGCUACAUGGACGGUAUUCCUGUCUACUUGAGGACUGGCAGCCUGCAGCCAGCUCGGGACUCCUUCCCUCACACCAUCGAAGGUACACCAUACAGCCUGCCAUACAAGUCGUCGCCUAAUGGUGAGAAUCACAACAAGAUUCAUCGGGCAAUAACCCCCGGCUACGACUCUGCGGCUGAAAGCCCAUGGAAUCUGGGAGCCGGCUCAGAAUUUCAUGGCGCAUUGGGCGACACGAGAGGGCGCAAUAUCAUGGAUCAGUUCCGCGACGAGGGCGAAGAAAAAGCGGAGACCGGCGCACUACUAGUAGAAAGUCUUCCCGAGCCGACCAGCCUAGGGUCGGAUUCUGCAAAUACUGUGCGCGCCGCCAUAACCCCAAGCCCUCUGCCGCCCAUGCCCUUGACUGCUCCAGCAACCAUCACCGGGAUGUCCUCCCAACAAAUGCAAUUCCCUACCGCUGUCAGCCCGUCACCACGGGCGCCUACGGUCAAGCCCGCACACCGAGAGGUGUUGAGUGACAUCUCUUUCACCUCAGUACCCCCCGCAUCAACGCCACAUCGUAGCCGCACAGAAUCAGUGGGGAUGUCUGACUUUGACAUUGCGAUCACUGACGGGGAGACAACCGGGCGGGAGGACCGGCCGAAGAAACGGCGCAGUGGAAGCAACUUCUCAGACAAAGUCAAAAGUUUCCUGUCGCAUAUGUCCAGCAGAACGGCAUUGAGACCGCGGACGACCAGCAUAAGUAGCCGACAUGAGCGGCAGCAGAAGACAGAAUCAAAUAAUAGCGGGGAGCUUUUGGGUGGAAAACUGGAGAAUGUGGAGAGCAGGGAAAGCAGGGAAAAGCGAGAGAGUCGGGACAGUAGGGAGAAGCAGGUUGCGCAGUUUCGCGAAGGACUCCUAACCAAGAGCGUGUCGGCCGUGUCCCUGCCUUCUCAGGCUUCUCCCCAAUUUAGCAAGUCUCUCAUGGAUGUCACCACCCCGAUGCCUCAAGGCAGUAUCUCGCCGUUGCCGCCUGCCUCUGCCGCUCAAAUCGCCAAGUACACCGACGACAAACUGCUGCCAUUCCCUGGCAUGCUCAGGUUAGAGCAGGAGCGUUCAAAACUUCGGACCUUAUCUCCACCCACGUCACCAACUAACCUAUCAUUCUCUCCACCGCCCACCUCUCCUCCUCCGGGUACACAAACCACAAUUAGAUCAGGCUCGGCAAAGCUUGGAACCCCGUCUCCUGGUAUGACUCUACUCGAUUUGCCCUCAACGCCUACUAGCGCACCUGCUACACCAGGUACCCUAGGGGAGAGGAUGGGGGAGAGGACAUUGCACUAUAUCGACUUGGGUGACAACCUCCUUGCCGGUAGUGAAACCUUACCGACGACUCGCCGCGGUGUUCAGCAGUGGCUGAGGAUGAAGAAGUCAUCACCCAAUGGAAAUGGCGCCGUACAGAAGAAGUCAUCUUUGACCGAUUUGCUCAGCUCGGGCAUGCUUAACGAGAGUCCUAUUGAGAAAGACGAUGGUGCUGGGCUCUUCGGGAAAUUGUCAAUCGGACGGAACACGAACAAGAAAUCGAUCCGACCAAGGCUUCCCGAAAGACAAGAUGGUCGGGCAGGUGCAAGCAGCAGUACUGAUAUUCCUCAAGUUCCCAUCCCAUUUCCUGCACCUGUGGCGCCUCCAGCCCAGAUCUCAAUACCGCGGCAUCCUGAGGACUCUCAUGUUUCUACUGCUCUAUCUUUGGUACCAUCACAGCCUUCAGCGAUGCUGCCAACCAAGCCAUCAUCGCCAGCACCUCUCGUCCCCGUUUCAGAUCAGCCGGCCGUCGUUGUUGCCUCCGCUUCCAAUGCGAGCAAUUCUCUUGCAUCUCUUGCUGCUGUGGCUGCCACAUACCAGGAAAAGAGCAACAAUCAGAGCGCUCUUGCAAGUUUAGCCGACGCUGCCGCAGUAUCAGACCAGCCAGAAGACAGUCAUAGCUCCUUGGCGAGUGAUCCCUCCGGGCCCAACAGCCAUAUCACAGAUCUGUCUAUUUCUGCUCUGUCGACGCCGUCCGUUUCUCAUGAAACGUCGUCAACUUCUCAACCAUCCCUAGAUUCCCCGCCUCGGGUUCAGCUUCCCCACCUGAAGCAAUACAAGUCUGCCUCAACACCGCCUGCGGGAUCUUUAUCAUUGAAUAUCCAGCCAUCUUCACGGACAUUCUCGCCCAAACCGUCUCCUCCACGGAAGCUAUUACUUCAUAGCCCUGUCCUUCAAGUCGUUCAAGGCGACAGGUUGAAGGAGCGACAUCUCUUCCUUUUCUCAGACAUCCUCGUUAUCGCGAAACCCGAUCUGAGAUCGUCGUUAACGAAUGAGAAGGGCGACCCUGGUUCUUUGUCGCGACCUUUACUGGUCAAGAGUAUUGUUGAGCACCGCAAUUUGUGCAUCAAACCGCAGCAAGAUCAUGUUGAGCCUGUGAAGUCAGACAAGCACAAGUUGACAAUGAGGGCAUUUGCAGACGAGUUCGCGGAAAAUCCUACCGUGGCCGUCACCAAGUUGGCCCAACGCGCUGGGCUGCAAGAUGACCCUGGCGCCAUAGCGGACGUUCUCUUUGAAACACCCUCCCUCGACAAAAGGCAACUCGGAGAAUAUUUGUGCCAACGGUCUUCAAGAUAUGUGCUUCGAGCUUUCAUCGAUCGAUUUGGGUUUGAGGAUGUUCGGAUUGACAUCGCUUUGAGAACAUUCUUGCUUUCCAUCAUCCUGCCUGACCAGGAGGAGAAUUCAGACCAUCUGCUUAACAACUUUGCUGCACGCUGGUGGAGCGCCAAUUCAAGAACGAUUGGUUUUGAUCGGGAGCUUUCCACGCGACUCGUCCUUGCGAUGAUUCAGCUGAGCGAAGCUUUACACUCUGCUUCUUCCGUCUCAUCUGGGAAAAAUGGCGCUAUGAGCCCCAACAAGCCGCGUAUAUCGGUUCAGGAUUGGAUCGAGACUUUCCGCAUUCGGGAUACUAGACAAUUGGUUCCAGAAUUACUCUUGAGAGCCAUCUACACGGGGAUUUCGAGGUUUCGCAUAGCCGAGUCAUUGGAUUCCAACAGCGACUCAGAGGUACCGGCCGCUAUGAUACCGGCCAGAAUGAAGACACGGCUGACGCACGGAGAACCUUCGGAGCGUAUCCAUAUCCGGAUACCUCGGCCGGAUCGCAACUUCGCCAUCAGAUUAUACGGGCAUGGUCUGAAGUUCGAUCCUGAGUACCUCGACUUCUCCAAUUCAACGGAACAGUCCUUUGUCAUCUUCCCUACCACUGUUGGGCCAAAGACUAUCAUAUUUGGUCGAGAGGGCGGCAAUUCCGCGUUCUACACAGGUGUCCCUUUGAGCAAGACUGUUCUCGUCGAGCGGGCAUUCAUGAAGAACACUUUCCAAUUGGCAUUCGUCAAUCACCUCGGCGUCAAACGCAAAUAUCUCUUCAGUAUGGAUGAUCUCUUCCGUGUGACCGAGUGGACCAACACCCUCUCGAGGGAAAUCAACAAACGCAAGUCCAUGGAAGCUCCCUUGCGCGAGAAAGACGCAGAACGGAAAGCUGCAGCAGAUGUCAUUGCAUUUGUUACGCUGCGCGAUCUGCUGCUUCCACGUGAAGAGAAGGAGCCAAAUUCUUCUGCGGCGGACACCAGUGCCGCGAGCUACUCCCGAAUCGGUCCUCCAAAGAGCCCUGCUGCUAAAGAGUCACCCAGUGAUGAUCGAGCUUACACCGGACAACAAAUAAUCCAAACGUGCAUUCAGAACAGUCUGCUUGCCAGCAUGAUUUUGCGAGCGAAGCCUGCUAAGGCCGACGGAAACUUCAGUGACCUCGAGAAGAGGACACCUACGCCGAGACUUGCGUCACCCUUGACGCUAACGCCCAGAAUUCGACCAGGCGGUAUGCGGAUGUUUUGAAGAAUUGAUUCGGCUAUAGUCUUUCUUGUCACUUUCCUAGAUUGUGGAACUUCCUGUAACGAGUCUUUACGCCUUCCUAUUUCGGUCUUCCUGUUCAAAUUGCCUCGCAUCACAGUCCUCAACUCACAUGUAUUGUUACUCACAGUUCUGUAU